AUUUUCUACAUAUUUACUCAGAUCCUCUGUUUCGUAUGGACGUCUAAACCCCUUGCAUCGCUAAAACCUUUUCUGCUUCAAGGGAUAGCUUUUUCCUCCUCAUUUUUUGAUACUGGGUUCUAUGCCCUCUACAAUCAUGAAUCCACUUGCCAUCAUUACCAGCAGAGAAAUCUCUCUCUCUACAUGCCAACCACAUGGUACAUACACAAAGGCGACCCAUGCAUCUAUAUUUAUAUGAACAUGCAACCCAUUCUUCUCUCAAUUUCCACUCUUUCACCUCACACCAUAAAUCUUCUGCUCCUCCCAAUUUUAAUAGGAAGGCCGACAAUAACCCAAGAAGAUGUGUACCAGCAACACUAAAAAGCUUCCAUCUGGUCUGGUCCAUUCUUCUGAAAGAAAACAACGAUCGAAGCGAUCUAAAGUUCAAGUUCCCAGGCGAGUCAGCAGGAAAAAGUGCGAAGAAAAGGCAGAGAAAGAUAUGGAACUAAAGAACCUGAAGUUAUUUUUGGAGAACCAAAGUAUAAUUGAAGAGAAUGAGAAGCUGAGGAAAAAGGCCAGUGUUCUUCACCAAGAGAACUCAGCCUUAAUGUCCGAGUUUCAGAACAAAUUCCCCGAUUCGGACAUUUUCUUCGAUUCUCUACCUUUGUUCUUCUUUACAAACACUGAUAACAGAAGAUGAGAGACAUAUUCUCUGUUUUUUAGUACAGAAGGAAAUUAGUAAUUUCCUGGGCUCAUAUCUUGUUUAAAUUUGGUGAAAUAUUGUAAGAUAUGAAAUAAUGAAAGUUUGGACACUUUAUAUAUGUCUAUGUUCAUGCGUUUCUACACGCAGAGGAUGAUAAAGUGGUGCGGGUUGUCUCCGUUCAGACCAGACCGGCGACAUGAACUUGUGUGAAUUUUAACUGUUUGGGAAUUCAAAAUCUCAAAUCAUCCUAGCUUAUGUGGAGAAAGAAUAAAAAGAAAACUUUUGUCGA